AUGACUGAAAGAUUUCAUCCUGUUCCAGCUAAUGAUCCAUACACAGCAGGAAAUCUAGCUAUUAAUACAGAACCUCUCUUUCUGAGGUUAAGAGGCAAAACAGCUCAUGUUAAAAAGAGUCCCUUUACAUCUAGAAGUACCUAUGCCAUAAAGAAGAUUGUUAGAAAGAUAGUACCAAGCAAAGCGCCUAUCGGCAAAGUAUCAAGUAAGCGGACUAAAAAAGUUAAUUAUGUAUAUCAAGAUGAGGUAGAAGAUCCUGAAGCCUCUGAAGAAGAAUACAUAGUGGAAAGCGAAGUUGAUUCUGAAGAAGAGGAAAUCGAAAAUGAUGAUGUCAAAUAUGUUGAAGAAGAUGAUACGGUGCGAAGUGAAGUACCUAUGAAAAAGAAGUCCUCUACUUCCAAAUCUCAUGCUGAAAGUGCUAAAACAAAGAGGGCAUCAGGCAAUAUAACAAUGGCCACAGAACAAAUGAAAAAAAUAGCCUUAAAAUCUAUGGUAUCAUCAGUAGUCCUACAUUGUCCUAAAAAGAUUCUUGUAGAAAUUGCAAAAUUUCUUAAUAUGAUAUAUUCCAAAUUAAAAGGCCAUUACUUAAAUACUGUUAUGCCAAAUGAUACCAUUAAAAGAAGGGAGUUAGCAUGGGAGAAUGUUAAUAGCUAUAUUCAAGAUAUUUUAUUACCACUAUUACAGGCAGUAAAUACUGAGCAAAAGCCUCUUUUACAAGUCCUAGAUGAUAAAGAAUCAAUCCACAACUUAAAUGAAGAGAACCUGGCAGAUUCUACUAAAAUAGCCAUUAGCCAUUCAAACACUUCGCAGACGCUUCGCAAGAAAAUUAAUAUUACAUACUCUAGCCAGUCAGAGAAUCCCUCUGACUUAAAUGCUGACGAUGUUGCAACUAUUUAUUGUAAGAUAGGAAGUUUAGAAAUACCUUGUGCAAUGAUUGAUACAGGAUCAGAUUCUUCUAUAUUUUCAGAUAAUAUUGCAGAAUUAGUUGAAGAGCUUUUGGUUGUAAGCAAAUCUCUAUUCAUUGGUACUAUGGAGGAUAUUCCUAUAACAAUUGGUUCAGGAGAAAAUACAACCACUAUUACAGAUGAAUUUUCUGUUGUGCCUGCGGAAAAGAAUUAG